AUGCGCUCAUCGGAACCUUCAGCUAGCUCGUCUCCCAGACGGAAGGCUCUUCAUGAGCGAACGCCUUCUCAGACGAAUGAGACGUCACCACCCGAAUCUCUGCGAGUUGUCAGUGAUAAACACAGCGAUCCGUCGGACGAAGACGAUAUCUACACGGCCACACCGUAUCCGACCAAGCCGGAGCAUAUUCUCUUACCACGACCAGGGAAAGGACACGAGUUCAUUCCGGACUCUAGGUUCCAUGUUGACGAGGCGCCCCACGAAUCUACCGGUACUCUGUCCACAGAUAUCAGCCAUGUUGGUGACAGCAGUUUGAUUGAACACUCUAUUGGCGAUCCAUGGGACUUGUCCUCAACAUUUGACGCCGCGAACACACCGUCCCAGGUAUGGGAAGAUGAUCCCAGCUCAAGCAAAUCGUCUUUCCCCGAGCCGAAUCUUCCGGAGCACAAGUCAAUCGAUCGCCGGUCCGAUGAGGACUCCGUCGCCGCGUAUUCAGACGAGGAUCCGAUCGCGCUACCUGCAGCAAUCCCGACUAUUAAAACUGUUGCUUCCGAUCUCUCCUCCCGACAGCCAUCUCACCCAGAGAACGCAACCUCGAGUAACUCUAGUCCUAACGUUGUUCCCAUCGGACCGCCCUCCAGUCCCAAUUUUGUUGCGCUUGAUAGCUCGAGUUUGAACUUCGUUCCUCUUGGUGCUUCUUCAAACCCCGACUCCGGUUCUCGCUCCAACUCAUUAUCUUCUCUCAACUCUUUGGGAACCGUGAUUCGGUAUGCCGGGGCUGCCCCGUGGGCGCACGGCUCCUCUUCGGAGCAGUCAAGCUCGCGAUCGCAUUCCUUCCGAUCCAACCCGGCUCAUCCGUAUGUGCCAUCAGUGCGAUCAAGCUCGGCGCGACUUCGCGAGAGGAGUCAUUCUCGAUCCGCUACCUCGUCUCGAAGUGAUCCGCCCACCGAUGUCCAAGGGAUUGUGGACGGUGGCCUCUUUAUCCAGUAUCCCACGAUUCGCGAGCCGUCAUCUUCAAGCUCGAGGGUUGAUGUGACCAAUGUGUCGGACUCGUCAAAUCAGAACCAACAAGAACCUAUGGCGGACCAUUCAUCUGAUCGCUUCAAAUCUCAUCUGUCAACCGUUACAUCCCGGUGGUCCGCCGAGUAUGACUCGAGGUCCCCUACUCCGGCCGAUGAACCCAUCGAAGGUUCACAGGAGCCAUCAAGGCCCACAGCAGCCGUUGUCCGCCAAAAACCCACGUCAUCAUCGCUGUGGCUUGUAAGCGAUGUGGACAACGAGCACAUGGACAACGUCGCCAAUCUUCCGGCCCGCGCCAAGCACUCACGAUUCCACCCCAGCCUUUCUUCGGCAUCAAGGCAAAGUAGCAUGCGGAGCACUACGCGACCGCCUACUUCCUUUCACUUCCUGCCGACUUGGGCCCGGAUGUACUAUGGUGAUGGACAAACUGUCAACUCCGCCCUGUCCCUAGUGGAUGGCGCCCGUCCACCCUCAGCACGUCCUGCAUCUUCCAAACCCAACACGUUCGAACGAAUGUCUGCUGCUGUGAAUCGACAAAGGACUCGCACCAACGAGACUCGCCAAAGCAUACAGUGGCGAGCGCCGGAUCCGCGUGAUCCUAGGAGCCACUGGCUACGGAGGCCGGAGGAUGAGGAGCGGCCCGGGAGCUCUCGGCAGCAAUUGCGGCACAGCUGGUCUCCUCACCUGUUCCCUGAUCGACGUGCCAUUCGACAGCGAGGCAGCGCCUGGGGCGCUCCAUCUUUGGAUUCCAGGACAGAGCCCCUAUUUGGGCGCAGGAACAUUCAAGUUUGGUCCUUCUGCCUGGGGUUUGUUUUCCCGUUUGCCUGGCUUAUCGCAGCGUUUCUGCCUUUGCCGCCCAAGCCGGAAAUGACGGAGGAGGAACAAAGUGAACCUGAGCUCGAAGCGGCCCUUCGGAUGCGGCUUCUUGAUCUUGAGCGUAGACGGCACGAAAAUGCGAGAUGGUGGAGGAACCUCAACCGAUGGAUGAUUCCCGUCGGUCUGGUGAUCAUCGUUAUCGUUGUCCCCGCAUCUGGAGCUAACUUUCCAUAG